UUGCUACAGUUUACUGUAGACGGAAAUAUCGUGAAAGGUGCAUUGUUUGACAAACGUUAAAAAAGACUUUGAAUUGACUUUCAGUUGGGCAGCAAUACGGAAAAGAUCAUUUCUAUAGUUUUCAUGUGAUUGUUUUUUACAACACAAUCACUCUCUGAAGAAUAUCCACAAGAAGACAAAAUGCCAGGGUUAGAUUUUAAGUUUCUGGAACGACCGAGGAGGAGGUUGUAUUGUCCUUUGUGUAAUAAACCGAUGAGGGAUCCUGUGCAGGUGUCUACAUGCGGACACAGAUUUUGUGACACCUGUCUGCAGGAAUAUCUCAGUGAAGGAGUGUUCAAGUGCCCUGAAGACCAGCUGCCACUGGAUUAUGCCAAAAUUUUUCCAGAUCUGGAGUUGGAACAGCAGAUUCUUGCUCUGCCCAUUCGCUGCAUUCACAGUGAGGAGGGCUGCCGAUGGGCCGCACAGAACAAACUGCUCCAGGCUCAUCUGUCCGUGUGUGAGUUUAACGUGGUGCCGUGUCCGAACCGCUGCCCGAUGAAGCUGCUGAGGCGAGAGCUGCCCGAUCACCUGCAGCACGACUGCGUUAAGAGAAAACUGCACUGCGAUCACUGCGGUGACCAAUUCACCGGUGAUGCAUAUGAGAAUCACCAGGAUGAUUGUCCGGAGGAAAGCAUCUAUUGUGAAAAUAAAUGUGGUGCUCGUAUGGUGCGCAGACUGUUGACCCAACACUGUGCGUCUGAGUGCCCGAAACGCAAGCUGCCCUGCAGAUACUGCAGAAAGGAGUUUCUCUAUGACACCAUUCAGAAUCAUCAGCAACAGUGUCCACGGUUCCCAGCGCAGUGCCCGAACAGGUGCGGCACACCCGGACUCACCCGAGAGAACAUCACCACUCAUAUAAAGGAAGGCUGCAACACUGUUAUGGUCCUCUGUCCAUUUAAAGAGGCUGGCUGCAAACACAGGUGCUUAAAAAAUGCAGUGGGGCGGCACCUUGAGGAGGCCACAAACGCCCAUCUUUCUCUCCUGUGUGGUCUGGUGAACCGUCAGAGACUGGAGCUCAGGGAACUCCGGCGUGGAGUGGAGGAACUCUCCGGAAACCGUAAUGGAACCCUGCUCUGGAAGAUCACAGAUUACGCGCUACGACUGCAGGAGGCCAAGAGCAGGACCGAUGGGAGUCUGGAGUUGUUUAGCCCCGCCUUCUAUUCCCAUAACUACGGUUACCGUCUGCAACUGUCCGCCUUUCUCAAUGGGAACGGCAGCGGGGAGGGCACACACCUGUCCAUCUACAUUCGAGUUUUACCAGGAGAGUAUGACGGCCUGCUAGAGUGGCCCUUCCCGUACCGCGUCACCUUCUCGCUCCUGGAUCAGAGCGACCCGGCGCUCAGCAAACCUCAGCACAUCACAGAGUCCUUCAGCCCGGAUCCUAACUGGAAAAACUUUCAGAGGCCUCGACCCGGAGCUAUGGGAAGUGUUCGUGCGGGCUGUCUGGAUGACAGCAUGCUGGGGUUCGGCUAUCCUAAAUUUAUCUCCCAUGAGGAGAUGAGGAAAAGGAACUAUAUCAGAGAUAACGCUGUAUUCAUUAAAGCCUUCAUAGAUGUGGUGCAGAAGAUAAUGAACUGAGGGGUUUGAAAAGGUAAAGGCGAAUCUUCAAUGGCUUUUUACGUUUUGAUUGAAAAAUGGGGAUGAAAAUGACUGCAUAAUUUUAAUGUUUAAUAUGAUCAGGCCUCUGCCACAGAUGAAGGAUAAUUAAUCACUGCUAAUAUGUCACAAAAUUUGUGUAUUUGCAUUGUAAUUGACACGUACAGUAUCUUCUUUGUAACAUUUUUGUUUUUAAAAAAGUAAACAAUGAAACUUUUAAAAAAGGCUGCUGUGCUUUUGUUAUGCAUGCAUUUUAAUGCUGGAAAUCUAUGCAAAUAUUCGUAUCUGUGCUUUUGACCCACUAAAGGAUGUGUGACAAACCGUGAAUCACAAUUCCAAAAAAGCUCAGAUGGGAGUGGUAAUAUCUGUGGGUUAUUUACUAAAAAGGCGCAAAAUAAAUAACACAGGCGCAAAAGAAAAAAAAUUUACUAAGAGCAGCGCAAAUUAGUUCAGGGUCACAAAUAACAGAGCUGAUGCUCCUCAGGUGCGGGUGAUCUAAUAACGCCUGAUGCGCUUGAGUUCAGCACCACGGACAUCGGAUGGCUGAAAAUUUGGGGUGUGAAAUCUCAGCUAACUGUUAUGUGUCCUCUGCCUUGUACCACGCUCUCUAUGAUCUCUGUGAUGCCUCUUCUAUCAGCAACAAUUGCAGCCAUUUCAAGCGCAAAAUUAUUUAAAGAGCACCUAUUUCAUUGCUAAAAAACAACAUUGUUUUGUGUAUUUGGUAUA